UUAAAUACAAGUCACAUAUCGACUCAUACAAAUCAUUUAUUUUCAUGUUUAGUAUCGAUAAAGAUAGAAUUAACAAAGUAGGCCCUGAUCAAGCUUGUGCAGAAUGGCUUUUACGUAAUGGAGCUUUUAUAAAAUGGUGUGGUUCAAAGAAGUAUCUAAAAGAUUAUAAUUUGAUACCCCAAGAAAUGAGUCAUCUACAAUUACAAAGCGUUGAUGCUACUGAUUCUGCUAUUCAUCAUGUUGGAUUUCUAUAUUUUUCUGGAUGUAAGCAUAUAGAACAAAUUAAGCUUAUACAAUGUCCUUAUGUUGAAAACGAAGCUUUAUCAUUGCUAUCGUGUAUAAAAGAUUCAUUAAAGGAUAUUGAAGUAAUGAAAUGUAAAAGGAUUACCGAUGAAGGAUUGUUACAUCUUAAAAAUCUAAUAUAUUUAGAAAAUCUUAAACUUGGAGAUAUGCCUUCUAUAAAAAACAAAUCUAAUGUUCUUACCGAAUUAAGUGCUGCACUACCAAAUUGUAAAAUAACUUACAAUUAAUAUAAAUAAUCGAUAUCUAAAUAAAUAAUAAA